AUGCAUUGCUUAUUGACGUUCGAACAGAAGACCGACGAUGGCACCCAACCAGCCAAGUCCACCGGCAGGACGACGAAUCGUAAGCGCAAGACCGCCGGAGAACAUAGGGCAGAGGGCUCUCUGAAGGUCGAGGUCCUGGAAGAUGGCCAAUGUCUCGUCGUCUCCGUUCAGAUGAAGUGCUCGAGGGAACGCCGCGACAAGCUUUACGAUUGGAUCAAGACACAGGCCAGGCCACCCGACGUCAUUGCUAUCCAGGAUCCCCCGCUGGAGCUAGCUUGGAAGCUUCCGCCCAAUUACGGUAGAUGGUGUCGCGGAGAUGACGGUACAGGCAAAACCGUACCCUUGACAGAGGAAGACUGCCCAACGUAUAUCCCCUACUAUCCUCCGUAUCUGAAAGCCCGGGACAAACAGGCCAUUGCUGAGGCUGAGAAGAGGAGAGACGAACGAGUGGAGGCUGCAAAGCAGCUUAUGCAGGGUUUGUCCGAAGAGGAAGGUACCGAAGAGGAAUUGGAGCGUAAGAAGCUGGCAAAGGUCGCAUUCCUGGUCCACAAUUCCCUCACGUGGGAACCGUCCGAGCCUGAAGAUGGCCCUAACCGCGGCAUCGUUGCUUCAGUCCGGAUCCCGUUGAAGCACGGCUCACUCUCAAUCCACAACUUUUACAACCACAACAACCGCUUAGAUGUUGUGGAACUCAUGGCUCUCUGUCGGGAUGAGGGGGAUGUGCAUGUUUGUGCUGGUGAUGGUAACAUGAAGCACGAGCGAUGGGGCGGCCCAAAGGUGAAAAGGCACGAUCCGGAGGCUGAGACUCUCGUGAGGGAAAUGGACGCCAUCCCAAUGGUUUGCAAGAACGAGCGAGGCAAGCACACAUACGGUCGUAGCAAACGCACCAAGGAUACCUGGAUCAGCACACUCGACCUGUUCUUGGUGAGUAGUGCUCUAGCAAACCAGUCCGUUUGGAACAUGCUUGAGGUCAAGGGGUACGAAAGUGAUCACGCCGUCACAUCACUUUCGAUCGACAUGGACUUGAGCCGCAAGAUCGCCCUGCGAUUCAUGUGGGACGAGACCAACCAGGCAGAGUAUGAGGAGUUCGUGAAGAAAUGUACGAAAAGACGCAUUGCGUUGCCUGCUCAGGCCGACCUGACCAGUCUUGCACGUAUAACGGAUACUCUUAUCGAGAUCUUGAACGAGGCCAACGAGAACAUUGUACCCGUCCGCCGAGUAUUUGAACACAACCCUUUUGAGAAGACUUCCACCCCGACGACACCCAAGCAGAAGCGCCAAAACUGGCGUGGAGCUGCUGAACGUAUGUCCGAAGCUAGCCGCAGCAUUCACAACUUAGCCAAACGAGCUGGAAGCUGGGGAAUGCCACGACCCAUGACCCACACUCCCGCCUUCGAGGUAGGUUCCACCAUCAUCAAGGACAACGAUGGCAAGGUCAAAUCGUACGUGAACACAAUAUGGUCUCUCACAGCGUGGAAAGGUGGCCCUAGGAAGUCACCAUUCGAUACCGGCUAUGAGAAAGAUGUACGUGCUUCCAAGUUGUUACUGCUAUACCUGCCAUCGGCAACUAACACCCUCGUAGAUAAGUCAAGACCAUGGCAACACACCCGCUACAUCGCACUCUCAUACUUCGUCUACAUCGAGACCAACAUUUCCGUUGCCGUUCCUGGAUCCCCAGAGAGAGACUCAUUUCUCCCCGCAAUCGCUCAAAGAAGGCGAGGUAAUGGGUCUCUUGAAGAAUGCCCCGAAACGCAAAGCCUCUGGGACGGAUGGCAUUGCGUACGAGGCCUUGAAGAUGUGUAG